AUGGUCGGACUUGAUCUUGUACGCAGAGCCAACAGCAAUCUACGCUCCAAGCUACCUCGUCCCGUGGCUCUCUUCGUCGGGGGAACCAGUGGUAUCGGCCGAAGCACUCUACGCCAACUUGCUCUCAAUACGAAUGCUCCUACGGCAUACAUAGUUGGACGCAGCGAGGCUAAUGCCAAACCAUUGCUCAAAGAGCUGCAUCAGACCAACCCGCUAGGCUCUUUCAACUUCAUCGAAGCCGAUGUGUCGCUCAUCAGCAAUGUUGACAAGGCCUGUGAAAGCAUCAAGCAACGCGAGAAGGCAUUGGAUCUUCUCUUCAUGACUCCUGGCGGACUGUCGCUAGUUGGACGUCGAGAGACCAGCGAAGGCAUUGACAAAUUGUUUGCUCUGCGCUACUAUGCGCGCAUGCGAUUCGUCCAGAACUUGCUGCCACUACUGGAAGCUGCAGAGGCUGAGCCAGGAAGAGUGGUCAGCGUAUUAGGUGGAGGCUUCGAGGGCACCAUCGAUGUUGACAAUCUCGAUCUCAACAAAGGUUACAACAUUGUCAGUUGUGCCAUGCACUCUGUCACUAUGACGUCGCUUGCCAUGGAACACCUAGCUGCGUCGCAUCGCGCUUCUUUUGUCCACGUAUAUCCAGGUUUGGUCGGCACCAAUAUCUAUACCAAUAGCUUCCCUCCACCACUAGCUGCCGUGUACAAUUAUGGCAUGUGGCCGCUGCUGUGGCCAUUCUCUGUCAACAUCGAGGAGAGCGGUCAGCGUCAUCUCUUCUGUGCAAGCUCUGGCCGUUUUCCCGCCAAAAUGCUCGAUGGGUCUAACGAUACUGCUGUUCAAGAGGAUGGGAGAAUAGCCAUUAGUUCUGAUGGGACUAUCGGUGGUGGCGCGUAUUUGAUGAAUUGGAAGGGGGAGACAUCGGCGGCGGGUAAGAAAAUGCAACAAUUGAGAAGUCACGGGAUGGCACAGAAAGUAUGGGACCACACAACGAGUCUUCUUGAUCGCGCAGUGGCUUCGAUCCCGGUACAGGCGUCGGUUGCUUAG